AGAAUCGCCGUAGUUAGACGACAGAGUGUCGAGACAAGAAUAAAGACGGGGCCAACUCAGACGACUGGUGGCGACGUUAGACGAGAAAGCAAGGCCUUUCAGCUGAGACUUGGGGCGGAGGGUGCAGGGAGCGAAGCCGGAAAUAAGGAACUACAACUCCCGGAGGCGUAACGGCGGAGUCCCGGAUGCUUGGCCGUGAAGCCUGAUGGGACGGGUAGUUUUGCGAAGGACUUAGCCCAGAGGUUUGCGAGGUUGAAAGCUCUGAGGCCUGGGACGCCGGUAGCGGGGGAGACAUGGAACUGGAGCAGAGAGAGGGGACCAUGGCAGCCGUGGGCUUUGAAGAGUUCUCAGCGCCGCCAGGUUCGGAGCUGGCGCUGCCUCCGCUAUUUGGUGGUCACAUCCUGGAGAGCGAGCUUGAGACAGAAGUGGAGUUCGUGUCCGGGGGUCUAAGCGGCUCGGGGCUCCGGGAGCGAGAUGAAGAGGAAGAGGCAGCCCGGGGCCGGCGGCGGCGCCAGCGGGAGCUAAAUCGCAGGAAGUACCAGGCGCUAGGUCGGCGCUGCCGGGAGAUCGAGCAGGUAGGUGAACGAGCGGGUCCUGAACAGGCUCCAUCAGGUACAGAGGAUAACACGGAGACUGCAGCAGGAGCGCAGAAGAUCAAGGUGUCCCCUGGCGACUUCUCUCCCUCCGGGCGCAGGUUCCUCAUGAGAGUGCUGGACUCCUACGGCGAUGACUACCGCGCCAGCCAGUUCACUAUCGUGCUGGAGGAUGAGGGCAGCCAGGGCACAGAUGCCCCCACCCCAGGCAAUGCUGAGAACGAGCCUCCAGAGAAAGAGGGGCUGUCUCCACCCAGAAGGACACCUGCACCCCCAGAACCCAGCAGCCCAGCCCCCGGCGAGGGGCCCAGUGGGCGGAAAAGGCGGCGAGCACCCCGGGAAGGACGCCGAGCAGGAGCUGCGCUGACUGCAGAACUGGCCCCUGUGCAGAUUAAAGUCGAGGAAGACUUUGGCUUCGAAACGGAUGAGGCCCUGGACUCGAGUUGGGUUUCUCGGGGGCCAGACAAACUGCUGCCCUACCCCACCCUAGCCAGCCCUCCCUUUGACUGACACCCCCCAACCCCCCACAAUAAACUGACCCCACAUUUGCCUUG